AUGGAUAAUAACGCCGACCAUCCCGCUCCUGCCGUUAAUUUCCAAGAUGCCACCGCCCAGGUGGAGGCAUACCUGCAGACCCUGGCGCCGACGACGUCCACAUUGUAUUUUGAUCAUUUUAAGAUGUUUGAAAUCCCAGCAACGCCAUUGCUUGCCCAGUUCACCAACAUCCAAUCCAUCACUGCGGCCAAGUGUGGCCUUACAUCGCUGGCCAAUCUCCCCGGUAAAGCGACACUGCAGUCGCUGUACCUGGAGGGCAACGCUCUUUCCGGAUCGGCCUUGGAGGCCCUCCGUGACUGUCACUCCCUCCGGCAGCUUCACCUUGCGGACAACCUGUUUGAGUCGGCGGAUGACUUCCGACCGAUCCGAAACUUGCCUUUAGAGCUGUUGGAUGUCGGGUUUAACCCGAUUACGCGUUCCUCGUCCUGUCAGGAAGCAUUGGAGCUGCUGUUUCCCAGCACCCAGAUCGAGGUUACCGGACACCUCGUCCAGGAGGAUUCCAGCAGCGAUGAGGAAUCGGAAUUAUAUGUUUCCGAUACUGAAUUCGAAGAAGAAUCCACCAAGAUUCUGAAGAAAUGGCAGCCGCCGUCAAGGCGCUGGAAGAAGAUCCGGAUUGGGAAAUGGAUCAUGUGA